AUGUUCAACAUCUUCGGCUCCUCUGCCUCUUCUUCCUCAACUGCUGCUGCUACGUUCACCUCCGCCUCGGGUCAAACCUCUGCUUCCUCUUCCAAUCUCACUACCGGCCCAACCGAGCCUCAGAGCAAGAUUCGAUACUAUCGAGACCGCGGCUUCUACCGUAGACAGAACAUCCUCGACGUCGUGCGCGAGUCACCCUUGUGUCAUGUGGCCUUCCAGCAUGGGGACACUCUGAUGAAUAUUCCGCUCAUCGUGGCCGUUCGGCCCCCUACCGAAGAUGAGGAGCAAGCGGACGAGGUAGAGAUGAAAGAAGUCGUCUAUCUGCAUAUGAACUACAAGAGUAGCCUGGUGGAGGCUGUGCAAGCUGGGACUUUGCAAGUACUUACGGCGUCUUGUACGAUCGUGGACGGCAUCGUCUUCUCACCUUUCCCACAUGAUCACUCUUAUGACUACCGUAGCGCAACUCUGCACCUACAUCGUCCCUCCCUUGUCACAGACCCAGCAGAGAAAGUCAAAGCACUCGCAAUAGUCGUUAACCAAAGCACAGGCUACGACCGUUCCGCCGCUGUUGGCCUCUCCGAUCCUAACGGUACAAACGCCCGAGGGACAGCCGUCAUUCGAUGUGAGGUGAAGGCAAUGAGUGGGAAGCAGAGAACGGGAGGAUUCAAGUCGGGGGAGAGUGCAGAAGAGGACCGAGCUGAGGCUGAUGAAGGACAGGCGAUGCAGGGGGCUGUGCCUUGCUGGGUCCAAUACGGAGAGCCUGUGGGAGCGGGAAGGGAUGUGGCUCGGGUGAGGGAGGUGUAUGAGGAGAAGAGCGAAAGCAACAGACAGAGGGCAGAGGGCAUCGUGCUAGCUGAUGCGCGAUACAAGCUAGCUGGCAAGUGA